AUGGAGGUGUUUGCGGGGGGAGUUGGGAACAGUGACGCCUUUUUCAUGAAUCUGGUAGCAAUCGUCGAUGAUUCUUUGGCGAAUACCAACUAUUCUGCCACGAUUCGUCACCAGAUUCUUCAGCUGGGUCUAACAUUCAUGUGCGGUAUAUCUCAGCUUAGCCCGGGCGCCUACUUUCUUCGUCGCAAUCUGUUUCCGUCUAUCGUUGCUUUUAUUAAAGGAUCCGAUACCGAACAAUACACCUUCGAGGCAGUGCUAUUCCUGGCUCUUUUGGCAGAUUUUCACAAGUCGGAUGCUGCGAGGCUUAAUCCGUACCUGUCGCAAAUCAAAGAGACAAAGGACAUAGAUUUGAUGAAGAAAAUUUGUCGGGCAGCCGACUUCACGCUUACUGCUUCAAUAAACCGAUAUCAAGAGAUCUCUGAUGACGAUGUUUCUCCGGCUCUAACAUCAACCUUCAGCACUCUCAUAGCAUCGUUACAACCCCAUCGCGCCCUGGCCUCUACACCAGUUGAUCCCCCUCGUGAAUUAUUCAAGAACCAGCCAAUGGAAGCGACAAUUAUUCUAUUACCGCUGUAUGAAUUUCUUCGAGGGAACGUACUGUUCUCGUCGGUGUUUUUAACCUCCAACGAGCCUGACCGCACAGUGUCCUCUCCGUCAUCAACUCUGCUGGCUCUGUCGUCUUAUCUAUUGACUCAUGCCACCUCGACCUCACAGCCGCGCUCUGUGGCUUAUGCAAAUUUGUGCAUCAACUGUCUUCUUGCUCUCGUAGAAACCGACGCCGUCUUGGUGGCGUUCUCAAAGCCCAAUGAUCAACGAAUACGCUUGUGUCGGCAGAGGCUACCCUUAUUACCUGUACCUCGUCCAGGACGUCCGCCGUUGUGCGCUUUACUUGACUGCUGUGUUCUGUGGCUACGACACAAUCUUCACAUGCGAUUAGAAGUGCACCUAUAUACGCGUUGUAUCUGGGUCUGCCAUAGAGUGGUCUUCUACUUGCAGAAAGGUCGUGUACGUCUAGAAUACGCAUGGAAGGAGUUUUGGUCUGUUAUCCUGGGGCUCUUACAUUUUCUGGCUACCAAACUGGACAAUUUAGUCACCACAGGUGGCGUGGAACAGCUGAUACGAGAGACUAUUUCUCUUCUCAGCCUUUGUCUUUCCAAGUGUGAGACAUUUUUGCCUACGCCUGAAGCAGUGCAUGAUUUUGUCUACGAGCUCGUUCGCGCUGCCUCUGAUCUACAAAGUCAAGCUGUAUUACUGAAACGGCUUGCUGGUCCCGAAUCCAAAGCCAGGCGAUACUCUCUCGUCCAACAACCCACCGAUUUGUUAAUGAAAAUCAUCACUAUCACACAAUUUUAUGCGCAAAAGGUCACUCAAUCUCAGGCCCGGACGGCCAAAGACGCACUGCGUGCUGUUUCGCGAGAAAUUGAGGCUAACGGCCUGUAUGGACUAACAGACACUCGUGAACCCGAACCUCCUCACCGAUCAGAAGACGUUCUAUCAUUUUCGCGAUACGCCUGCAUGGAUGGUGUGGCGCUGAUGAUGAUGGCUGAGUGGGAGUUUCCGGCAAAAUAG